CACUGUGAAGGUAACCGCCGCCCUCUCCUUCUCCCGUCUAAAAGUCCCUAGAAGCUGGGCAGGCCCAGAAAGUUCAUCGGCAGGUGUCGUUGUCUCCGGCCUGUUGUUCGCGGCAGGAUAAAGCCUCUGGCAUCACCAGAUUCGGUCCGUCCUGCCGAAGGUCCGGCGUGCGGCCGCCGGCUUCCUGUGGGGCUCCCUUCGUGUCUCGGCCAGUCCUCAGGGACUUCUCUAGGUCUAAAUCUUUUGAUUUUGACCCUGGGUGCUCUUCCUGGGAUGAGAAAAGGUGCGCCUAGAAGCAGAUUUUAAGAGCAGUUUCUUAUCAAGUCAUCUUAUUUCGUACCACCUGAUAAGCAUCUUGAUUCACCAUGGCAUUAGCAGCAGUAAAACGGGCAAUAUCAUACAGAACUGUCUUUAAACAUCUAUUUCCAAUUCAAAAUGGAGCCUUGUAUUGUGUUUAUCAUAAAUCUACGUAUUGUCUUCCAGAUGACUAUAAUUGCAAAGUAGAGCUUGCUUUGACAUCUGAUGGCAAGACAAUAGUAUGCUAUCACCCUUCUGUGGACAUUCCAUAUGAACACACAAAACCUAUCCCUCGGCCAGAUCCUGUGCAUAAUAAUGAAGAAACACAUGAUCAAGUGCUAAAAACUAGAUUAGAAGAAAAAGGUGAACACUUUGAGCAAGGACCCAUGAUAGAACAACUUAGCAAAAUGUUCUUUACUACUAAGCACCGCUGGUAUCCUCAUGGACAGUAUCAUAGACGUCGUAGAAAACUGGAUCCUCCAAAAGACAGAUGAUAUUGAGAUUUUUGGGAAUCAAAGAGAAGUGUUACCCUGUAUCUCAUUUGUCGUUUGAGAAAAUGCAAUUGGGUAUAUCCAUUAAUAUGUUAUAUAGUAAAAUAAUAAUAAAAUGCCUUCAUAUAUUAGAAUGUUUAUUUCUUUAUAUAUAUUAAGUAAUUCUGGAUUUGACAUUGUUAUCUACAGUAGCCUAUUUCAUCUUAUUUUCCUUUUGAGUUAUUUGUCUAGUAUCAUUAAAUAUUUUUACAUUAUCAGCUUAAUAUUGUUAGUAGUAUAAAUAUGAUUAAUAAAAAUGUACAUGGUACUCCUGAAGGAAAUUUUUAAAUUGCCUUUGAAAAGAAGCUCAUGAGGUCCAUACAGAAAAUAGAUGUUAUAAUGUUUCCUUUUUUGUGGCUCUAGGAAAUAAUUAAAGUAGUUAUAUUUAAAUGUGUCUACUAUCUGCUAGGUCCUUUGUAUUCGUUAUUAUUGAAUUCUCACAAUAAUCCUUUGAAGAAAGAGCAUCAUCCCCAUUUUACAGGUAAGGCUGAGUGGCUUGAACGCUUCCCUACCUACCAAGUGGGAGAGCCGGGAUCCAAACUGCCAGGCUCCAAAGCUUUCUUAUAGUGUGUCAGUAACUAUGACAAGGGGUGUUUUCUUUCACCCAAGAAUGUGCUUUCCUAGAGAAAUAUUAUAAACUUCAUUUUGAGAUUUUUUUUUCUAGCUCUCUUAAAAAUUAUGGUAGCUUCAGAACACAUGAAACUCUGUGAUUAAAAUGUUAAUAUUACGAAACUAGUGUUACAGGAAUGCUAAUAGUCUGUUCUGUUGAUUAUCACUUCCAGCUUAUAUAUGAUCCUUAAUAGCAUUGCUGCCCUGUGAUUUCUUUUAGGAGGUGAGGAAUCUUUUAAGGUAGAAAGGUACUUUAUUCAAACUUGUAAAAUAUUUGUGAUAUUUUAAAAUUUGAUAUGAAAAAUGAUUUCACAUUCAAAGUCUUGCUUAGUCUAGUUCUUUUAAUAAAGGAACUGUAGCUGAAGGUUCAAGUGUUCAGUAAAAUGUAAGGAAUAGAAUAGGAAAGAGUAAAGGAAAUAAUUAACAAUGACCACUCUCUAUUACCUAAAGGAAAUGUUUUCAAGUGGUUUAUACCUUUUUCAUUAAUAUAUUAUUAAUUUGGGGGGAAAGAACAAAGAAAAUACAAGUUGAUAAAACUUGAUAAUCAGAAAUAUUUACCAGCUAUGGUGACAUAUCUUUGAAAAUGGUUAGGUUUUUUAUGUUGAUUUGUAUGCAAAGUUUUACAAAGAUGGAGAUAUGCCGUGUUACAAAAGUAGGAACAAUAAAAACUUAAUUUAUUAAAUAAGAAAUUUUCUUUUAAGUACAAAGAUCUACUAACUAGAGAUUGUUCACUACUAAAUAGAGAUUGUUCAGUCGUAAGAUGCCCAUACCAUGCAUUCACAUGUCAGUGCUUUGGAGAAUUAACUUAGUUUUUAUUGUAUUGGAAAUAUAUACAUUGUAGUUAACACUGUAGUUCCUGGAAAUUUAGUUUUCAUGGGUUGCUGUUAUUUAAUUUUGCUAAAUAAGUAUGUAUUUCAUCACCUCUAUCACCUCCCCUCUGCUUCUGCCAUUCCCCACCCCACAGGAGUAACCUAUUACCCACCAUCACUAACAUUUUGUGAAAUGUUUUCUUUUCUAGAAAUUUAAAAAGUAUAUAAGGUCUGAUAGUCCUUUAACUGGAAUAAAUUUAGUUUCAUGAAAAUCUUACUA